AUGUCAGAUGAAAAAAUUAAUAAUCAAUACGAAAAACUCAAAUCAAACAUUUCAUCUACUUCAUCAAAAGCAACACCGGCUACAUCACCAGGUGUAGUUACAAAAAAUAUAUUUUCAAUGAAAAACUUUGUUGUUACCAAACAAACAUCCCCUCAGAUCAGCAACACUAGUGAUAUUCAAUCUUCCGGGGAUGCACAAUCUGUGGAUAGUGAUCAAUCCAGUUUUGCUAAUACAUCAUUAAAUAUUGAAGCAUCACUAUUAACUAUUGAUGCUGAAAAAAUGGAAACGGGCGGAGCCAUUCAUGAACCAAAGAGUCCUGAUAUCUGUCUAUUUGCACCAAUAACUACAAAUGACUUGCAAGAGAUAGAUGAUUGCGUGGUACUUUCUCAACACAUGUCAGACCAAUCACACGACGACACUUCUUCGGAUACAACAAGUAGCGAAAGCGAUGAUACACAGGAUAGCGAUUGUAAUAUUAAUAAUGCUGAUGGUAAUAUUACUGCACAACACAAAUACACCGAUAAUAAUCACCCACCAAUAAUAGCAAAAUCUAAGGUCGGUGUUCGUUUUAUUAACAGUCAAGAAUUAUCUUUUGUUGAUAAACAACGUGCUCAAUAUCCGAAUAUCAAAUGGUAUCCAGAACAGCACUCCAAAGAACAACAGCAUAAAUCGAUUCAUAAACCAAGUCAACAAUGGUUUUCUGAUCAUCGUCCUAGGUUAAGAGCAGUUUGUACAGAUAACAAAUAUGGACUGUUAUGUACAGAUUGUAGUGAAUUCGCUUCAGAUCAAGCGAAAAUCGGAAGAAGUGGUGGUGCAUUUAUUGCUAGACCUUAUUGGAAACUGAAACAUAAAGGCAUUGAAGGUAAUAACUCACCAUUACUGUAA